AUGCAGUUGUUCAAUCAUUUCAUCUUCGAGACCUUGCCAAGUCUCGAAGAAGCAGGCGCUGUGGAUCGAGAACAGGCACGAACUUUGAUGCCGAUCAUAUUAUCUAAGCCAUACGUUGUGUACCAGCUGCUAGCACUAUCUGCUAUGCAUAUGAGCUACCUGAAUGCGGCUGAAUCAGGUCUCUAUCGCGAGGAAGCAAGGGCCUUCCAGACACUGGCGUUGAGCUCGUUCAAUGAUGCACAUUUCGAGGUCACGGCAGAGAAUUGUGCCCCUCUAUUGGUAUUCUCUAGCUUCAUCGGCUUGCAUGAGCUUGGUGAAGUGGCCGUGAUUACGGACGCUAGCGCAGGCGAUAUACUAGACAGGUUCAUCACGUACAUGAACUUGCAUCGUGGGGUGCGUGCUGUUACAUCGCAGUCCUGGCAAUUCCUGAAGCAUACCAGCAUAUCUUCCUAUUUCGAACGUGCCGAAGAUUCCAUCAACCUAGCAUCAUCUUCCUACAAUGAAAUUGCUGAGGUUGUAGCCGAUCGCCUGUCCAACUUGCUGGGCCAAGCGGACAUGAGUGAGCAAUCCCAAUCAACCUGCCGCGCGGCUGUAUCUCAGCUGCAGCUCGUGUACCAAACUGAAACAGUCCCUGGUCAACCGUCUUCUUCUGGUUUGAUCUGGAUUUGGCCUAUCAAUUUGUCUAGCGACUUCACGAACCUCCUGUCCAUGCGAAAGCCGGAAGCGCUAAUCAUCCUCGCCCAUUACGCGGUCGUUCUGCACCGCCGGCGUCAAAUGUGGCUUGUCGGCAAUGUCGGUAGAAUUUUGAUCGAGGAGAUUUCCAGAUUUCUGGGUUCCUUCUGGAAGCAUUGGCUCGAGUGGCCGAACGAGAUGCUAGCGCAGACUCAGGGCAAUACCCACUCCCACCUCCAAUACUCCCUUCGUCCUAACCUCUGUCACUCGUUCCCUUGCAACACGAUGCACAACAUCACCACCCCAUCUUCGGCCUGCGAUGCCAGCUUUAUACCUUACCCAACGGUUUUCGGUGUCACUAUCAUCGACCUUACCGCUACGCCUGUCACAAACUAUACAACCGAAAUUUCCGACCAGUUCUACUACAACCAUCCAUCUAUUUCCGUGCGCGGCGUCGACUACUGCAACAUUACCAUUACAUAUACGCACGAAGGCCAGAACGACACCAUCAACGUCGAGACAUGGCUUCCAAUGAAUGGAUGGAAUGGGCGACUUCAAUCCGUGGGAGGGGGAGGUUACGUUGCUGGACGGUUUCCACUAUCGUAUAUGGCAAUGAGCGGCGCGCUUGGAGAGGGAUAUGUGGCGUCAACGACGGAUGCUGGCCUGGGAUUGAGCUAUGUUCCCGAUCCGUGGGCGUUGAACAGCCCAGGUAAUGUUGACAUGUAUGCGCUCCAAAACUUGGCUGCUGUAUCGCUCAACGACCAGUCGCUCAUUGCAAAAGAUGUCAUCAACUCCUUCUACGGACAACCUGCUAAAUAUUCGUAUUGGAGCGGAUGCUCUCAAGGAGGCCGCCAAGGCUUCAUGCUCGCACAGCGCUACCCUGACGCAUACGACGGUAUCGCUGCCGCAGCUCCAGCGUUCAACUGGAACCAGUUCAUCCCCGGAGCGGCAUGGGCACAGGUGAUGAUGUCAGUAACGGGGCAGUUUCCCACGAAAUGCGAAUUGGACUCCCUCACCGAAGCCGCUGUCGCCUCCUGCGACGCCCUCGAUGGUGUGGCUGACGGACUGAUCAGCGACGUGGACAAGUGUUCUUUCGAUCCGUUCACGAUGAUCGGUAGCGUUUGCAAGUGCACUUCAACGGGCAAAUCUGUCACCAUCACCGAAGCAGCUGCAGUAAUUGCAAAUGCUACAUGGGAAGGCCCUCGCGGUUCGAACGGCGAGUUCCUUUGGUACGGUGUUGACUAUCAAUCUCGGCUCACUGGCAGCCCUAAUCCAACGGGUACUACCUCUGACUUAGGCUACGCGGCGACAACGUGCAACACGAACGGCACAUGUACCGGAGCUCCUACUGGACUUGGGGAAGCAUGGUUACAGCUCUUCGUCAAGAAGGACCCCCAGUGGAAUUACACGCUGAUCAGCUCAGUGGAGGAAUACACACGCCUUUUCAAGUCUGCUAUGCAGCAAUACGACUCUAUCAUCGGAAGCGCGGAUCCAGAUCUUUCAAACUACCGCAAAGCGGGCGGCAAGAUCAUUACCUAUCAUGGCCUGGCCGAUGGACUUAUACCACACAAAGGCACAACUGACUACUAUAACCGUGUAACAAAGCUGGAUCCCAACCUCGACGACUUCUUCCGCUACUUCCAGGUUCCUGGACUAGCGCAUUGCUCUGGUGGAUCGGGUGGACAGCCUACCUCCACUUUCCAGGCUCUUGUCGAUUGGGUGGAAAAGGGUACUGCGCCGGAUGCGAUACCAAUCAACUUCAAUGAUACGUCUGGAACACAGUACCACAGAUUCUUGUGCCCCUAUCCGAUGAAGACACGCCUUGUGUCGGAAGACGGAGAUGUCACGAAGGCGCAGUCGUACGAGUGUGCUCCUUGA